UAUCUUAUCUAAUUUCAGAAUUGACAAUUGUAUUGUGUGCCCCAUAUGCCAUGGCAACCACAACAGAAACAGUUGUUAUGACAACAGGAACAACAACUACACAAAGUUCCAAAGGUAUGGCAGAUUCACACUUGACAGUAAUAUAUGUGAUCGUUGGGACUGUUGUCACAGUCCCAGUGCUAUGUAUUGGUUGCUGCUGUUUAAAAGCUUACUGUCGAGGACGUGAAGAAAGGAGUGAAAGAAAACGAAAAGAAGAGGAAGUGAAAAUGAGGGCCGCACGGGCUGCAGCGAGACAUAAACCUGUCAAACCAAAGCAACCAGUUAUCAACAGCCAGGCCAUGGAGAACUAUAUCAAAACUAUAAAUGCAAAGAGACUCCCACGCAGUCCAAAAGUUACACCGAAAAAGAGUACAAUUCGAAACAAAGCAAAGUCAAACCAAACAAACAAUUUAUUGGCAGUUGAUCCAAAUGGAAACAUUGAUGAAAGGGGAUUUGAGGAAAUUAGCCUCAAGAGUGAUAGCUAUACACUUGAAAAUGAUAAACCAAAUGAAAAUGCUAAAACAACUAAGAGGACUCAUAGGAAAACUCACAAAAACAGUCAUUUAAAAGAGAAUGGUAAUUCAAAAACAAAUGGCCAUCCCACUAAACAACAAAGAAAUAGCCAUUCUAAUAGUAAAGAUGAUUUAAAAAUGAAUGGCUUGAUACAUCAGAAUGGUCACAUCACUAAAAACGGUCACAUUAGAAAUCAUGGAGAUGAUGAAGUAUUUAGCAAUGGGAUUGUGAACAGUGGUUUUAUAGAGGAUACUAUAGAUGAUAAUAUGGAACUUCAAAAACCGCCAAGACCGCCAAUCAGAAAUGGAUACGCUUCAUCAAAGGAAAAUGGUGGACAAAGUGGACUACAUCACUCAAAUGGAAAAACUAAAAGAGCCCAUAUGAAAGGAUUUCAGGAAAGCGAUGACGAUCAUAUCAUUGAUAUUGGUGAUGCUUCAGAAGCAAUGGAACAAGCUACAUUAGUACAUGUAAAUGGUACCCAUAGCAGUCAAUCCAAUAGAAAAUCUCAUCAUUCAAAGAAAAAUAAACCUCGCGAACAUCUUUCAUCAGUUUGAAAAAAUUAUAUACUGAGACUAAAUGAGAAAAUCAAUGGGAGAUAAUGAUCGUGUUCGUGGAAGGGACUUAUUAUGCAACAUUAAUAUGUCAAUUCUCAUGUUAUCAACAGAAUUAUAACAGACUGCAGUAUAAUAAAAAACAAAAUACCAUGUUGGAGAUUUCAAUAAUACAGGGUGGGCCACAAAAAAUGCAUCCCACUAGUUGAUACUAUUCAUAUGUUAUUUAUGAUAUACCAUUGAAAAGAUGAUUCAAUUUAUUUGUAAAUUUUAAUUUAAUUAAGAGUAUUUACAUGUGUAUACUUAAAUCCUUAAAAGAUUAGAUAAUGGCUGUGAUAUUAUAACAACAGAAUAUAUGCUGCCAUAACAGCAUCAUUUUUUGAAUAACAUCCAUUUGCUUUAAAGACAAUAUGAUUAAUUCACCAUUUCAUUGUAGAUUAAUCAUCUAUCCAGUGGUAUCAUCAUUUAUGUCUAACUUGUUAUGAUCAUAAAUUUUAAGCGAUCCAUUAGAAUACGAUAUUAUAGGAUAUUAGAAUAUGAUAUUAUAGGUAUUCUUACUCUAUGUAUAUUGGCGCUAUAGUAAUUGAAUUUGGCAAUUUAUUUUCAACAGGACCAAUAUCCUUGAUUUCAUUUAAUGUAUAGCUAAAUUGUAAAUAGUUCUGCCUCAAAUAAUGCAUUUAAGCUUAUUUGCUGAAAAACUGAAAUAAUUUGACACAAUUAAUUUUGCAAUUAAUUUGGCAGUUAUCAAUUUUUAUUUGAAUACAAAAGUGCAAUGUUUUCCAAUUUGAUAAUGUAUGUAUUUAUAUAUUUAUGAAAUCAGAUUUUUACAAACUCAUCCAGUUUUGGAUGAACAAAUCCGUCCAUAUUAUCAUAUAAAUAUUUGUAAAUAUUUUCAUUGACAAUAUUUUGUAAUGAUGCUUUGGAAGAUGUCACUUCUAGAUUUUGCAGUAACUUUGACAAUACAUGUCAUGUACGAUGUAAUUUAAGUACAGUACUGUACUUUGACAUGUAUUUUAUAUUUAAUGGGACGUGUUAGAAAUGAUAAUCAAUUAAUAAAAAAGUCUUUAUGACAAAGGAUAUUCACUUGACAAGAGGUCUUGAGGCCAAAUCUGUGAUAUAAUACUGUCUGUUGUUUAAUAUGGCACAUUUAGAACACAUUUAGAUAAGGUGUUUAUAGGAAACCAUAGCUUAAGGCAUCAACAUUGGAUCAGAAUUCUCAUGAAGUAUAAGCAUUUUUAUUAUUUACAUAGAAGUCUUGAUUACAUUGUUUCUCAAUUGUUUUCUCCCGAGGCCAUGUUUAAAUAUUAAUCUUUAAGGCUAUUGUGAUGUAAUAUUACAGCAUUGUCAGACGUAACACGUGAUCCAACACAUGAUCGAUGAAUGUUGAAGUGAUAUGUCAUAGCAUACAAAAUUUCAUUUCUUAUUUUACCAAUAUCAGUCAACAAUGCUUUUACUUGAAUUAAGCAUGUACAUUUUUGAAUUUCUAUGCUUCUAUGAAAAAGUUUCAAACACUGAAAUUUUAAAGUGUUUAGAUAACAUGUUUUUUAUCUCACACUGUGUGAGUUAAUGUAUUAAUGUAAUCGCUCACUCAUUUGUACCUUUAAUAACAAUUCAAAAAGGUUUCCUUUUAAAAUAUGGCAUCUAAAGUUAAAAAAAGUGGUAGCCAAUUUCAUUGCCAAAAUCAGGUUUUCAACACGUUCACCAUGUGAGUCCAGUACCCAUGGUACUGUUAAAUACAUACUGCUUUACCAUCUUCAUUCGCAGGCUAAAGCAGAGUCCUCAAAUCCUAACUUUGAGCAUUUUAUUGAUUUCAAUGAGCAAGUUUAAUUUUUUAUUGGAAAUGGUACCAGGCUGCCUUGUACUUUGUUUAUUUUACUGAAAUGAAUUAACAUCUAUUAUUACCACCUUGCCGGGCCAGUUCUAGGGGUUUUAGUGCUAGUUUAGAAGGCGUUUAUUUUACUAUAUCGACCUGAGAAAUGUGUGACGUCAUAGUGGUGGUCCAUAUGGACCGGUCUAGAAUAUAUUCUGGACCGGCAAUUUUCCCCGGGAAAUUAGAUAUCGUUCAAUGCGUAAGAUUUUCUUGCUGUUUCAGUCCUGGUCGUUAACGGUGGUAAUAAUACUAAUAACGUCAUUUCUGCGAGCAAUAUAGUGAAAUAUUGGACCU